CGGCGGCUCCGCGUUCCGCCCGCGGAAACUUUGCCCGGCGCGCUGGGAAAGGAUGGAGCUAGGAGAGCCCGCGGCGGCGCCCCUCAACCUGUCCCGAGCCGCGGCAGAGACGCCCCGCGGGGAGUUCAACCUGUCCGGGCUGCCGGAGGCUGAGGGGACGCCCCUCUUCGGUAUCGGCAUCGAGAAUUUCAUCACCUUGAUCGUCUUCGGUUUAAUCUUCACCCUGGGUGUGCUGGGCAACACCCUGGUGAUCACGGUGCUGGCGAGGAGCAAGCCAGGCAAGCGCCGAAGCACCACCAACAUCUUCAUCCUCAACCUGAGCAUCGCCGACCUGGCCUACCUGCUCUUCUGCAUCCCAUUCCAGUCCACAGUCUACGUGCUCCCCACCUGGGUGCUGGGAGCCUUCAUCUGCAAGUUCAUCCACUACUUCUUCACCAUCUCCAUGCUGGUGAGCAUCUUCACACUCUCGGCCAUGUCUGUGGACCGGUACGUGGCCAUCGUGCACUCCCGGCGCUCCUCAGCCUUGCGUGUUCCCCGCAAUGCAAUGUUAGGUGUGGGGCUCAUCUGGGCGCUCUCCUUCGCCAUGGCCUCGCCUGUGGCUCACCACCAGCGCAUCUUCCACCGCGAGACCAGCAACCAGACCUUCUGCUGGGAGUUCUGGCCCAACCCACGCCACAAGAAGGUCUACGUGAUUUGCACAUUUGUCUUUGGGUAUCUGCUCCCGCUGCUGCUCAUCUCCUUCUGCUAUGCCAAGGUUCUUAAUCAUCUGCAUAAGAAGUUGAAAAACAUGUCAAAGAAGUCAGAAGCAUCGAAGAAAAAGACAGCACAGACUGUGUUGGUGGUGGUAGUGGUUUUUGGCAUCUCCUGGCUGCCUCAUCAUGUGAUCCAUCUCUGGGCUGAAUUUGGAGUUUUCCCACUGACUCAAGCCUCCUUUCUCUUCAGGGUAACUGCACACUGCCUGGCUUACAGCAAUUCUUCUGUGAAUCCAAUCAUAUAUGCAUUUCUAUCUGAAAAUUUUAGGAAGGCCUACAAACAAGUCUUCAAAUGCCAGAUUGGUAAUGAGUCACUUCUGAAUGAUGCUAAGGAAAAUAAAAGUCGGAUAGAUACACCACCCUCUACCAAUUGUACCCACGUGUGAAUGUUGAGAACCCUUGUAUGUUGGCUCUUCCUUUAUGUAAAACAUAAACACCAAGGAAAAAAAAAAGCACAAUGAGCUUUAUCCUGGUUUAUCUUGAUAAAGCUAAUUGGUAUUUAAUGUACUGAAGUCGCAUUUGUAACCAAAGUUUGUGAAACUCAUGUGAAAGUAACCUGGGCUGAUCCUUUGCAUCGUAGAUACCUUUGUCAAAUAAAGCUCUUGGACUUUUACAGAUAUUUUAGAAAAAAAAAAGUUGAGAUCAUAUGUCUGUAUUCUUACUCACUAAGCAUACAAAGGUACAAGAGGAAGAUGCUGAUGUGGUCAGGUAACUUUCUGACGUCUUACUUCAUGAAAGUGAAAAAUGGAUACAUUUCCUAUCCUACAGAUAAUAAAUACAGAACUACUGGGAUUUCAAAGAGGAAAGCUUUUAUUCUCUCUUUGGAUUGUUUUAACAAUGCCUUUUUUUCUUUUUAAAGUAAACCUGGGCUCUGAUUUGGAGUUGGAAUAAGUUGUGUACACCUUGAGGCAAUUGUUUUAGAGAGGAAAUGCUAUUUCUAUCUGUUUAGCUGGUUUUAAUAUGUCUUACUGAGCAAGGAUGGAUUGGUUUUCCACUUCAUUAUGGCUGCCUUGCUGUAUACAUAGAACUUUUGUGUACACUAUAUAGGGUUUUUUUUUAUGGCCUGUGUGUAAUUGUACCAGAAAUGAGGAUUUGUGUCUAACUGAGGGAAGCUUUUCUUCAUGUGCUGCAUGUGCAUGUAUACAUGUGUUUUCCUAAUUUCAUGGGCUUUGAGAUGGAGAUACAGUUUUAAACGUGCAAUGUAUACAUAGGUUUUAAAUUAUUAUGUUUCAUAAAGAAGCUCUAGACGAUGCUUAAAGUUAGCAUUCCCUUAAAGAGCUUGAUAUCAUGUAGUUUUAAACAGGAAAUACAAAGAAUGUUGCAUUUAAAUUAA